AUGAGGGUGUUGGCAUAUGGGACAUCGGUUUAUGCAGUUGACAAAUAUUUUAGAAUGAGUGGAUCCACAACAAAGGAAGCUCUCAUCAACUUUGUAAAUGGUGUCAUAUCCUGUUUUGGUGACGAGUACCUCAGAAAGCCUACCAAAGAUGAUUUAGCAAGACUACUCUAUAUUGGGGAUCAACGUGGAUUCCCGGGUUCGCUAAAUGAUAUUAACGUACUUCACCGAUCUCUAAUUUUUGAUGAUUUAUUGGCAGGUCGAGCACCAAAAGUUACCUAUGUCGUGAAUGGUCGCGAAAAUGAUAGGGCAUAUUAUCUCAUUGAUGGGAUAUAUCUUGCGUGGACUGCAUUUGUCAAGUCAAUUAUGUCUCCCCAAAUCCAAAAGCAUAAGUUAUUUGUUGAACAUCAAGAGUCUGUCAGAAAAGAUGUUGAACGAGCAUUUGGAGUUCUACAAGCUUGUUUCGCAUUUCUUCGACACCAAUGUCUUGUUUGGGACAAACAUAAUAUAGGACAAAUUAUGAUUGCUUGUAUCAUCAUGCACAAUAUGAUAGUUGAAGACGAACAAGAUACAUACCUCCAUUUUUAUGAUCCUAUUAAAUUUCUUAAAGACAUACCCAUAAAUCGACAACAAAGAAGCUCUGUAGAAGAUGAUAGUCAGCUGCCUAGAUUCUCCGUUGAAAGAUUGCAAGCCUAUCAAGUUAUAUGGCUAAUAGGGAACAACUUCGCAAUAGGGAAGCUCAUAACGCUCUAA